UUCCUUUUAAGGUUCCUGUGCAGCUCAGGUGGAUCCGAUCUGCUCAGGUUGAUAAAUGGGGGUGGAGCUAAGGGGGGCAUUUCUGAUGUCACAAAUGUCUUGGCACCAUUUAAUGUAAUAGGACAAUCCCUCCCAAAUGUCCACACCCCCAUUACCCUGAGAGGUCUGAUGACACCUGUAUGGGUGACACACCCCCUGCAGUGAGUUUAUUUAGAGCCCUGUCCAUGGUGCUGAUCCUGGGACCUCCAGGGAGGCAGGAACUGUCCUGGGUACUGAUCCGUCAAAUCGUAUUUAGACUUUACGAUGGUGUUUCAUGUUGGCGGAUUGGAUUUUCACAUUUUAACACGGAAUUCUUUUGUUCUAUAAAAUGUUCGUUUUAGUGGAGAUAUUAGGCUGUAGGAUUGCCAAGUUGUAUUUAUUCCAAUUCACUUUCUGGUUGGUCACUUGGACCAAAAGACCGUGACAUGUAUGUAUAACAAACAGUAAAUAUUCCUUGUGAGAGUUAGCAUUUUAUCCAAUAUAAAUCAGUUACAGAUAUACAUAGAUGGUUUCUGUAUUUAACAUUAAGGUAUCUCACAAUGGUGUUAUUUCCUCAACUUUACAGGAACAUUACAUCUAUUCUUAAAGUUAUUAGAUAUAUAUUUGAUAUAAUGCAAUCAACUCUUUCAAAGCCAAAAUUGGCCGCUGCAGCAAAUUUGCACAUGGCCACAGCACAAAACAAGGCAGUGUUGAAGAAGUGAGUUAAAUGUCAAACUCAACAUAGUAACACUGAGGAAAGUCCCACAGAGCCUCAAGUUUGCAUUAGGAAGGUAUCUGAAUGUCUCUUGACCUGAGAUGUGUGUUGUUCUUCCUGGCAGAAUUUGUUAAACACUUCCAAAGUGUUUGGUUUCACACUCUAGGCACAUCAAGACCCCUCAAGUUUUUGCAGAGGGGAUUUUUAAAACAAAUGCCUGAGUGUGUUUAAGCUGAUUUUCUGGGUUUAGUGUUUCGGGCAGUAAUGAAACAGAGCUGUGAGAAGCACAGAUGUUUGGUUUCAAAGGAACACCAGUCAACUCCCUGCAGAGGAAUUCCUGACUGGCACAAGGGAACACGGAUUGGAUCCUUUCUAAUAAAACAUAAUCACACAUCGAAGGAUUGGACAUCAUUUUAUUUCCACAGUCAAUAAAGACAUUCCAUUAAGGAAAUCUCAUGUGAAAAGUGUAGAGCCUCCCCCUGUCUAGAACAGAACAUUAAGAAUGAAUCUGAUGGUCCUCAUUCAUAUUGAUGGAAAAUCACAUACUAUCAGAAUAAAGUUUCAUGCUUUGGCUCUCUUUAUCAAAAUCAGGCUUAAUCACUUAUUCUGCUGUAAAACAAUUUCAAAUAGAUUCAUCAAACAAUCUAUUUGACAUUUAAGAUAACUGGUAUGGAUUAAUGUAAGAUUUAUUUACCUUUAAAAACACAAUAGACAAUCUGGUUGAACUCAAAAUUAAAAACGUUUUCUCUGCAGAGAAGAGACUUCUCUCACUACCUGGCAGAUCUGGCUUUGUUAAUCCCGUUAUGCCAAAGUGUGAGUGCACCUGACUUUUAAAGGGAAUAGGAGAUGGCACCCUGGUAUGUAAAAAAACCUUUUGAACCAUGCACCUGGCGUUAAUUUCGCAAAAUGUGGAUUUGGACACACCCUUCAUGCCAUUGUGCUAUGUGCUUUAGACCAUGUACUUAGGUCAUUAAAAUAGAGUCAUAAGAAUGUACGACCAUAGCAGCUUUGUGAGACUAAUAAACCUAAGCAGCGCUUUGAGCUAAAUGGUAACAUCAGCCAAAAUGCUCACAAAGACCACUUUUUGCCAUAAGGCAAAUAUCUCAAUAGACUUGCUCAAAAAUCUUGAAGAUCUAUAUUGACAAACUUUGUCACUGACUCAUAUCAAGAUGUAUUCAUUGUAAGCGGUAACAAAUUAUUCCAUUCUUAUUUUAUAAAUACUAAAAUCAUAGAAAAGCAUACAAUUAAAUGACAAGUAUUAUAUUCUAAUGUCUCUGUUUGGGGAUAAAGGUUGGGGAAACAGUCACCGGCCUACUUGCAAUGGAGGAGGCCAAAGGUCAUCUGUACCGCAGGUUGGUUGCUUCAUCACAGUUCUCAUAGCAUUCCAAAUCAUCACCAGGACAAGGUUGGCGAUACCCUCAGUCUUCAAGGAGCACAAGUCCGUCUGGAGAGCUCGGCACCUGGUCCCUGGCCUGCAGACGGAUGAACACACAAGUGGACAAGAGAACAUUAUACAGAUAGUCACGUGAAUCUUACAUGUAUCGUUCAGACGUACAACAUAGAUGAGGUGAGAGGCCUCUCAAUGUUCAUCUAUUUACUGAAGUCCCACAUGCAUAACAUACCUGCACACAGAGGAAGACAAGAGGAAAUGAAGGUGCCAAGCGUUUGCUGCUGAUGACAUAAAUAAACCUCAGAGUGGAGGCACAAAUGUCCUCAAUCAGCCCUCAAAACACUGCCAUUGGCUCACAGCAAACAUGACAUCACAAGGUGUGGUCAGCUCUGAUCUGCCGGCGGCUGCAGUGGAGUGUAACGAGAACCCUUCAGGUAAAGGUGUACAGAUGCAGAGAGAUGUCCAGUGCUGCAUGUUGUACUCACAGGGCAAGGUGCGUACCAAAGAUGUGCUGCGGUUUGAGGUGCAGACGGAGGGGCCCGACUGCAGCAUACAAGCCAUCAUUCUUUACACAAAGAAGGCGGUGAAAUGUGCAGACCCCAGAGACCGGAAAGUGAAGAGGCUGCUGCGAAAACUCCUUCAGAGACAGAGAACCAAGGCCCACCGAACCAUGUGGCUCCUUCCUCAUGACAACCUGCCCGUCAUGUCCGAGGACAAGAAGGAUAACUGGGCGGUUCUCAAUUUGGAGUGAUGAAAAGGAGGAAAACUCACAGUCAUAAGCCAAGUUAACUUUCAGCACCUCGUCGUCCUAACAAAGCGAAGCUCGCUGUUUCUCCAGUCGUGUCGUUUCUCUCUCUUUCUCUCUCUGUCUACACUCUCUGUCUCCCUGGGACCAGACCUGGGCAGCAAUACAUAUUUAAGUGGCUUUAGAUAUUUGAAUAUGAACUGUGCUUGAAAUAUUCCUAAACACGUGGCUGGAACAGUCUAAACAAAGGAGUAAUUACUUGUGAGAUAAGUUGAAUUUGUUGUUAUUAUUAUUUCUUAAUGGCUCAUACUGUUAUUUGCUGGAGUCAGCGUGGAAGUGUCUCCCUCUACAACAUAAACCACUCAUGACUGAUGUGCAACCAGUAAACAAGUUGUAAGUAAAGAAAUGAUACAUGAGCAGUGAUAUUAAUAUUGUAUAUCAGCAAGACACUUGUAUACCUUCAUUAAUGUGUAAUGUCACAGUGUGUGUGCAGGAUGUUGGGGGAACUGAAAUUGAUUUGCACCUCAUUUUGUACAAUCCAGGUCUUAGUUGUCUUAAAAAAUCCUCGUUCAGGCUUUGAUCUUCUGUAUCUGACUGUUAGAAGGCUCAACUCCGUGUCCCAUGAAGAGCAAACGAUAUUGUGCCCACUUUGUAUAAUGACUGUUUGUAAACUCAGUAUUUAACCUGUGUCAGUCUUUUUAAAUCAAGCCCUCAGACAUCAACCAUUUCAAGAUCUAUCUGCAGUUUACAUUUGUCUUUUUCACCAAUAGUAUGUCACUAAACUAUGCCAAAGUAUUCAUGAUUCAGUUCACUACAUGGCAAGGCUGUUAAAACUUAGAGGGCUCAACUGUGUCUGAAACACACAAGUAUUGUAUUGUAGAAGAAUGCACUGUAUGUUUAAACACAGUAACUCAAGUCUGCAAUUUUAUAAAUUAAUCUGAAAUAAUGA